CUUCUUCUGUUAUCGCUGUUAUAAACCUCGCAACUCACACUAUUCCAAAACGUUUCCCAAUCGUCUCUUCUUUCGCUGAUUGUUGAUUCCCUAAUUCGGCUUUUCGCGUCAUUGAUUUGUGUAAGAGAUUAUUGAAUUGAUUCUCAACCAAAAACUGAAGAACCCGUAUCAGAUAUAGGUCCGACCUAAGAACAUGAUUUUCAAGGGUGUUUUCUGAUGGGUUACAUUCUUCUUUUAUCCAUCUGUCUGUAUGAUUUGAUUCAUUAAUGGUUAGAUUUGGUCGUUUUAAUCACAGGAUAAACGAAAUAGGUUCUUUCUGUAUGUAUGAUUUCCUUUGCUCUUGAAAGAUCAAUUGGGCUUAAAUGUUCAGUUGAAUUUGAGGUUGCUGAUUGCACUAAGAAAUCGUAUCCUGAUAAUUCCUUUGAUGUCAUCUAUAGUCGCGACACUAUUCUUCAUAUUCAAGAUAAAUCUGCAUUGUUUGGGACAUUCUACAAGUGGUUGAAGCCAGGUGGCAAACUUCUGAUAAGUGGUUAUUGUAGAAAAUCUGGAAAACCAUCUCAGGAUUUUGCAGAAUAUAUUAAGCAAAGAGGAUAUGAUCUUCAUGAUGUUGAAACAUAUGGACAGGUGCAGAACAGUUUAGGGAAGUCCUUAAAAGGGAACCGGAAAGAUUACCUUGGUCGGAAAUCUACUACUUCAAAAACAAAUUUCACAUCUUGCAAUUUUCCCCUUGAGCACAUUCAGUUUUUUUUUGUGUCGACACUACCUGUAUCAGAAGAUUGUUCCACUGAGAAUGUAAGCCAACCAAUAUCCUCCCAGUUCAGCAGAAGGUCAGACCACUUUCUGCCGCCUGCAGCCGGAGAAUUUGAUGGUGGUGAACAAACUUUGUGUAGCAUACAUGAGGAUGCAUUAACAUCGUUUAGGAAUUCCGGAACACAAGGUGCUCUUAGAGGAAUAGGUUUGUCAGUUGGAUACCCAACUGGAAAUGAUGGAGCUGUUUUUGGAGUUAUGGUUAUUUCAGCUUCUCCAGUAGCCCCGCAAGUAGGGCUUCCAUUGCCCCUGCUGAUUUAA